GAAAACAAAUUGCUUCCAUCGGACAAGAGAGAGAAAUGGAGAACAUAGAGCACAAAAUAGUUCCCACCAAUGGCAUCAAUAUGCACAUUGCUUCCAUCGGCUCCGGCCCGGCGGUGCUCUUCCUUCAUGGCUUCCCGGAGCUCUGGUACUCAUGGCGCCAUCAGCUCCUCUUCCUCGCCUCCAAUGGCUUCCGAGCCAUAGCCCCUGACCUCCGCGGCUUUGGCGACACGGACGUGCCGCCGUCUCCCUCCUCCUAUACUGCUCAUCAUAUCGUCGGCGACCUUGUUGGCCUUCUUGAUCACCUCGGAAUCGAUCAAGUUUUCUUAGUAGGCCACGACUGGGGCGCGAUGAUGGCCUGGUACUUCUGCUUGUUCAGGCCUGACAGAGUUAGGGCUUUGGUGAAUUUGAGCGUGCAUUAUCUUCCCCGCCAUCCUUCGAUCAAAUUCGUCGACGGAUUUAGGGCUUUGCUCGGCGAUGAUUUCUACUUCUGUCAAUUUCAGGAACCUGGAGUUGCCGAAGCGGAUUUUGGUUCUGUUGAUACAGCGACCAUGCUCAAGAAAUUUCUCACGAUGAGAGAUCCUCGGCCUCCGAUGAUUCCAAAAGAGAAGGGAUUCAGAGCGCUGGAAACUCCCGAUCCUCUGCCCUCUUGGUUAACAGAGGAGGAUGUUGAUUAUUUCGCUAGCAAAUUCUCCAAAACAGGCUUCACUGGAGGAUUCAACUAUUACCGAGCAUUUGAUCUAUCAUGGGAACUGACGGCGCCAUGGAGUGGAUCACAGAUCAAAGUCCCAACGAAAUUCAUAGUGGGGGAUCUUGAUUUGGUGUACCAUUUUCCAGGUGCGAAGGAGUAUAUACAUGGAGGAAGGUUCAAGGAAGACGUGCCGUUUCUGGAAGAAGUGGUGGUGAUAGAAGGAGCAGCUCACUUCAUCAACCAAGAAAGAGCAGAUGAAAUUAGCUCCCUCAUUUAUGAGUUCAUCAACAAGUUCUGAAUCUUCUUCCCUCUUUGCUUCACUGCAAGCUCAUUUUUCGUUUUCAUGGCCGCUGCAACAGCUGCAAUGGAGGUAACGGCGUUCAGUUAUGUGAUACAAGUGUGUUGGCUUAACGCUUAUUGCUGUACUUUCACUCCGUUAAUUUGUCUCGAUGGAUAGUGUCGAUGAGAAUUAUUAGUUGGAACUACGGUGAUGUCACACCUUGAAUACAUAUGAUAUGUUGGUCGUUGACGAUGAAAGAGACUAUAGAAUAACUAA